AAUCAGGGCGCGGCUGGAGGGUUGCCCGAGGAUGAGUUUGGCGGGAAAAUACUUUUUUCGCGCCACUCGCAGCGGAGAGGACGGAAGGAAGGAGGCGGCAGAGACCCAGCGCUGAUUCCCCCUCACAGACCGAGAGCAGAGCUUUAACCCAGUCUGAUCGCCAUGGCCGGAGCCGGGACGGAGCUGGAUGACCAGGAGAUGAGGGAAGCCCAGAGGGAAUACCUGGACUUCCUCGAUGAUGAGGUGAGGGAGCUCUCUGUGGGCCCCUGAGGGCCACAUUAACCACCAGAGCUCUGUGUGGGCCCCUGAGGGCCACAUUAACCGCCAGAGCUCUGUGUGGGCCCCUGAGGGCCACAUUAACCGCCAGAGCUGUGUGUGGGCCCCUGUGGGCCACAUUAACCGCCAGAGCUCUGUGUGGGCCCCUGGGGGCCACAUUAACCACCAGAGCUCUGUGUGGGCCCCUGAGGGCCACAUUAACCACCAGAGCUCUUUGUGGGCCCCUGGGGGCCACAUUAACCACCAGAGCUGCGUGUGGGCCCCUGGGGGCCACAUUAACCACCAGAGCUGCGUGUGGGCCCCUGGGGGCCACAUUAACCACCAGAGCUGCGUGUGGGCCCCUGGGGGCCACAUUAACCACCAGAGCUGCGUGUGGGCCCCUGGGGGCCACAUUAACCACCAAUGCAGACAGCUUCAAGUAACCCCAGUGAUGGGGGAUGGAAGGUGCUAUUUCAGCUGUGAGUUUGGCUGAGAUUCCUGGGAGUCGUAGUUCUACGUUAUAAGGAUUUACCUUGUAGCCACCAAUAUGAACAAUACACUGAGAGCAAGCAGCCUGUCACCAACUCAGAGCUCAAUAAAGGGGCUUUAAUCUGGGACUGAGUGCUGGAGAAGAGCAUCAUGGGUAAUGUAGUCUUGAAGCUGGCUUGUGGGAAGUUUAGUUAUUGUGUGAGGGCAUAUUCUGUAUAGCUGGGUGUCUGCCAGAGCUUCUUCUAUAGUUAGAUCUUCAGCUUCAUGUGACCAUUGUGUUAUUUUGGGCUUCUUUGUGAAGAUCAAAUCUGGGUUAAAUAAACGAUAAAUAGAUAUAUAUUAUUUUCAAGUAUGCCAUUUAAUUAGCGCCAACAGAUUCCGUAGCGUUUUACAAUAUUAUGAGGGGGGGGGGAUUUAACUAUAAAUAGGACAAUUACAAGAAAACUAACAGGAACAAUAUGUUGAAGAGGACCCAGCUCAAACGAGCUUACAGUCUAUAGGAGGGUGUGUGUGUGUGUGUGUGUGUGUGUAUAUGUGUGUGUAUAUAUAUAUAUAUAUAUAUAUAUUUUCUCACUGUAAAAACUAAUGGAAUGUGUUAUGGGCCCCUUUGUGUAAUAUUGCUGAAUGACAUAGAUCAGUGGGCAUACAGGCUUUCAAAUUUAAAUUAUAAUCCUGAUUACAUGUAUGAAAUGUAGAGCAUCUGUGGUAAAUAUCAGGUUAAGAGCCUUAAAGAUAAACAAUAUAUCUAUAUCCACAUAGUUAUGUAAAGCUAAAAUGCAAAUCAGUAUAGUCCAACUGAUCUAUUUGAAGCUUGCUGUCUGGUAAUAUGAGGGUUAAUGGGCAAACGUGUAUGCUCAGCAGUAUAAUUGUUUGUAAGGUUUUCAAGGCUAGCAGUUGUGUGAAGAAUAGUUACCCUCCUCCCAAUUAGAAUAGUCUAGUUUUCUGUUAGAAUAGGCAAAUAAUGGCAUUUGCUAAUGAUGCCAAGGUAAAAUUCUCUUUAUUUUUUUUUUCUUCUUCUACUAUUAUAUAAUAUAUCUUAUUUGCUGUUUGUUUGGAUAACCAAUCUAAAAAAGAGGUAGUAACUGUGACUAGAACAGAUCAAUGUGGUCUCACCUGCCUUUUAAUUUGGACACACCAAGCCUGUACAAGCAAGUCAUCUUUGAUCACAUCAGUUGGCCUGGUUAUGGGUUCCCCUGGAACCCUGGUUUAGGAUCAGAAUGAUCCAAAAUUAUCAAGACAAGUGCAACCUUCGUUAUAACACUAUAACUACUACACUGUGCUGUGGUGUUUACAAUGGCUUCAAAUUUAAUAAUCUGUUUUCUAUGUUGGUUGUAAAGUUACUUCAAUCCACUCCACCCCACAAGAAUAGUGCAAAUGAAAUUGUGUUUAUUUUUAUGAAAUGCCUAACAGUCUGUUUAAUUUUACAUUUCCUCCUCUCAGGAAGAUCAAGGGAUUUACCAGAGUAAAGUGAGGGACAUGAUCAACGAGAAUCAAAAUCGAUUGAUUGUAAACAUCAAUGAUCUCCGGAGGAAGAAUGAAAAACGAUCCACUCAGUGAGUAUUUCAAGGGAGGGAGCUAGAGGUGAAGCCUACUCUGCUUUUAAUCUAAUGGAACACUCAAAGCACCUGUGGGGGUUAUGGUGCUUGGUGUGUUCAUUAGUAGUUUUAGUACGUUUCAGAGGAGCGUUCAUUUCUAAGUUCUGUGUUUCGUGAAGAUACAACUGGCAAAGCAUCUUGGGAGUAGUAGUUCUAUAAUAGUUGAAUCUGUUUCUUAGCUGCCACUGUUUUAUGUUCAGUUAUAAAUAGUGGAUGCAUGUUACACUUUUUUUGAGAAACAUGCAGUACUUUCUGCAAAAAUAACGUAUCUAUUGAAAUGCAUAGUAGUUGAUUUGGCUUGUAAGAUUCAUUUUUGUGCCGUACGUGCUUUAGAGCAGAGUCAGACACAUAGCUAUAUGGCACCUUACCUCUUGUAUCACUGAUUUAUCCCCACGGACAUGUCUGUUAAAGUAUACUUGCAUAUGUCUCCUACAUUUUAGUGAAAGCUUGAUACUCAAGGACAGAGCAUGUAUUUUUUUCUAGUUAAUGUGAAACCUAGGUGUUGGCAAAUGACUACCAAGUAGUACUACAGGUAAGCACGUAUAAAUAAAGGGACACUAUAACAUACUUUUAAGGAACACUUUUCUAAAGCAUUUUAAUGGCCCGUAUUCUUUCACAGGACAUAAUUAAGCUACAUUUUAAAAAUGACUGCCGGGGUGUAGGGCCAUUGCAUACUAACUACUUUAUUUAGGUAAAGUGGUUAUUAUGUAUAAUGAGUUUGUUUACCAAUCUACAUCUUUAUGUAGUCUGAUAUUAUAUUGAUUUGGGAAAUAACUUUUUCUCUGUAUGCACAGGCUUAUGAAUAAUGCCUUCGAGGGGCUCAUUGCUUUCCAGCGGGCUUUGAAGGAGUUUGUUGCAUCUAUUGAUGGCACAUACGCCAAACAAUACGAAGACUUUUAUAUUGGUCUAGAGGGCAGCUUUGGCUCCAAACAUGUCACCCCUCGCACCCUGACUUCGCGUUUUCUGGGCUCUGUUGUCUGCGUGGAAGGCAUUGUCACAAAGUGUGAGUAUCAUCAGUUGACUCCUGCCUUGAAUUCUCAUGGCGUGGUGGUAAUGUUACUUACCAUGCAACUCUCUACACAGGCUCCUUGGUACGACCCAAAGUAGUUCGCAGUGUCCAUUAUUGUCCAGCUACAAAGAAAACAAUAGAACGCAAGUAUACAGAUAUGACCAGUCUAGAAGCAUUUCCUUCCAGUGCCAUCUAUCCUACCAAGGAUGAAGAAAACAACCCUCUGGAAACAGAAUAUGGCCUUUCAAUAUACAAAGAUCAUCAAACCAUUACCAUCCAGGAAAUGCCUGAGAAGGCACCAGCUGGGCAAUUGCCACGUUCUGUGGACAUCAUAUUGGAUGAUGACCUUGUUGACAAAGUGAAGCCUGGAGACCGUGUGCAGGUCAUAGGGACAUAUCGCUGCCUUCCCUCAAAACAAAAUGGCUACACGUCUGCAUCAUUCAGGUGUAUUUUAUAAACUUUAACUAUUAUUUCACUUGGAGGCUUUCCUCCUCUUAUAUCAACCCCUUCCCCACCAAAAAAAUGGUUCCCUGUUCAUCAAAUGGAUAGUAUAAGUAACAACUGUGGUGCAUGUGGUCUCCCCUCUUCAGAAACACAAGGGACCCAGUGUUUAAGUGUAAUCUCAUACCCAAGCGGUGGGGUCCUGGUACUGCUGGCAACAACUACAGUGUGCUCUAGUGGUGUUGCUCAGACUGCCUGUCUUAAUGUGGCAUAUCUUCUGUUAUAUCUUAUUUCUCAAAUGUAUUCUUUUCCUCUUGGUUUUAGGACUAUUCUGAUAGCCUGUAAUGUGAUACAAGUGAGCAAGGAAGUAUCGCCUGUUUUCUCAGCAGACGAUUUGGCUAAAAUAAAGAAAUUCAGCAAAACGCAUUCUAAGGUAGAGUACAAAUCUAACUUUCCAUAUUUGGUGAUAAUGCAUCAGAAGGUUUUAUUUCUUAUUUCAUUGUUGGUCUGUAGUCUGCACACUGGGCUUCUUGGCCUCUUUCUCUAAAUUCUGGGCUUAUUGAUCCCAUAGCUUUGCAGUGAAAUCAUGCAUAAAAAGCAAACCAAGGUCUUGCCUUAACCAUUGCUAUAUCCAAAAGUUGCUGGAUGCUUAGAGGUUUCCUUUAACACAAUUUCAAUGUAAAAAUAAAUCCGAAUAUGGCUAAACUAACUGUUGGGGACAAUUGAUUUCCCCAGUGCUUUGCAACCUUACAGGUUAUGUGGUUAAUCAUCAGAGCUAUUGCCUACAUUUAGCAAACCUCAGACUGUUAUUGUAUAAUAUGUCGCAUUCUUUCUCCAGGAUGUUUUUGAGCAGCUCUCUAGAUCGCUUGCUCCAAGUAUACAUGGACACAACUACAUCAAGAAGGCGAUCCUCUGCAUGCUACUUGGAGGUGUAGAAAAGGUUUUGGAAAAUGGGUCCCGCAUCAGAGGGGAUAUUAACGUCUUGCUUAUUGGUAGGCUUACAGGGUGACUGCUUUUAACAAAUUGAUUUGAAAGUUAACAUUUGAUGCUGAUGUCAGAGGGCUGGAAAGCCAACUGUAAAAGGAAGGAAAUUAAUCCCUCGCAAUACUAUAAUUGAUAUCUCCAUUGGAAAAACCUUAAAGUAACCAGUAACACUGACUUCAUGUCAAGAAACUUCUUAUUUAGUCUGUCUUGUAUAUUAUAUGUUUAUCAGUUAUGGUCUGUGAUUGGUCAUAUAUCAAGAAUUAUUACAUGGGUAUGCACUGUAGAGUUAUUAUUGGAAUCUUAGUGCCAACAAACUCCGCAAAAUUCUAGAAGUAUUACGUUUAACAACAAAUGAGACAAACUUACAGAUUUUGAGCUGAACAAUUGGCUGAUGAGGACCCUACUCAAACAAGCUUACAAUCUAGAGGAUUGUGGAUGUAAUAUUUUAUUUUUCUGUUUCCAGGGGAUCCCUCUGUUGCCAAGUCUCAACUUCUCCGGUAUGUGCUUUGCACUGCUCCCCGCGCCAUAACUACAACUGGCAGAGGAUCCUCAGGUGUAGGUUUAACUGCAGCAGUUACCACAGACCAAGAGACUGGUAAGUUAAUUGGCAUUUUGGAAAAGGUCAAACUUUCUUUACACAAUGAAAAUUAUUUGGCAAACAAUUUCCUAGUUUUGUAGACCUUUUUUUUUAUUUUAUUUUUUUUAAUUUUUUUCUCUUAAAAUUUUAAGUAGAUGUUUUAUGGUGUGUGUGUGUGUGUGUGGUUUUUAUUUUUUUUGGACAGUUUACCCAAAUUGAAAAUAAUCUCAAAGUCAGUUAUUUCCAAUUGCACUGGUUAGGCCUUGCAUUUAAAAUUCACUGUGUUUUUGGCAAUUCUUACUGACUAACUCUGUGUUGUCUUGCACUUGAAAGCUUUAUCUUCUGAGAUUCAAGAGGUAACUGUGUGUAGUUUGAAGACAAGACAUUACUUUUUCAUUGUUCCCUACGGGGAUGUUCAUACGCAUUCCUCAAAUAUGAGAACUGUUCAAAAUAAUUUUCUUUGCUUGCCAUAAAUUCAUAUUUCCCAAUUAUUUGAGGCAGUGCUGGUUUCCCUCCCAAUGGAUUUUAAAAUUUAAGUAUAAUUUGGUGGUUUGUGUUUGGGGCCUUUCCUCAUAGGAGAAGAGAUACCUGGAGGGUGGGACAAUAUUUCAUAUAUUGCUACAGCUGCCUGUUUCUGUUGGUAAAUCUCAAAUAAUUAGGAGAGAGUUUAUUUAACAAAAAAAAAAAAUACCAUGUGUUUUGUGUAGGGGAAAGAAGGCUGGAAGCUGGUGCCAUGGUGUUGGCGGACAGAGGUGUCGUCUGUAUUGAUGAGUUUGACAAAAUGUCCGAUAUGGAUCGUACAGCCAUCCAUGAAGUCAUGGAACAAGGGCGAGUAACUAUUGCCAAAGCUGGCAUUCAUGCCCGCCUAAAUGCUCGGUGCAGUGUGCUGGCAGCUGCUAACCCAGUCUAUGGAAGGGUGAGUAGAAUAUAUUAUCCCACGAUCAACCUAAAAUGCAUAAUUGUGGCUUAUAUUGGUCAACAGCAAUUCUUUCUGGAGUGUUUUUUAGGACAAAGUGGCUGUCGUGUGUGUGUGUGUGUUGUAUACUUUUUUUUUUUUUAUGUAUGUAUGUAUGUAUGUAUGUAUGUACCCAAGGAAAAGUAGUGUCUGCUUUCUUUAUGUAUUUUAUGAAGUCCAGAGCACUCAUGGGGGAAAAAAUUUUAAUCUGACACCGAAGUAAAUUACUAUGCAGUUCAUGUCCUGUGCUACUCAUGUACUUGCUGUACAUCAGUUUGUAUGGCUUGGUUUUAUUAAGGCAACAGAUGUGCAUCGUGCCAUUUUAAUGUCUCCUAUUUUCUACCUUUUUAGUAUGACCAAUAUAAAAAUCCCAUGGAGAACAUUGGUCUCCAGGACUCCCUGCUGUCACGUUUUGAUCUUCUCUUCAUUAUGCUGGAUCAGAUGGACCCAGAGCAAGAUCGUGAAAUCUCAGACCAUGUAUUGCGCAUGCAUAGGUAUAGAGGAGCUGGAGAGCAAGACGGUGAUGGUGAGUAGAAAUGCACAAAUGUUGGAUCUCUAAACCCACCCCAAAAAAGCAGAACUGCAGAUUGUUUAUGGCUAUGGUUUAGUUACAAAUAUUGUUUAAAACUGACAUUAACAAGUUACUUGCUGGCGCAGAUCUUCUCCCUCGCAGUCAGCGCACUUGCAAGAAGUUGUUUAGUUUACCCUUCAUUUAGGUGUUGGGGACACGCUCUGAUCCAACAAAACUGUCCAAUGAAUUCUUCUUUAGUAUUCUAGCCAGUUGGACUCUAUAAAAAGCCAUUGUUUUCCCUCCAUCUUAAUUUAUAAAUGUUUUAUUCUCAGCAAUGCCUCUGGGGAGCGCUGUGGAUAUUCUUGCCACAAAUGAUCCUAAUGUCACUCAUGAGGAGCAGCAAGAACUUCAAGUCUAUGAGAAACAUGACAAUCUCCUCCAUGGUACUAAAAGGAAGCGGUAAGAUGGCUUCCCAGUAUAUAACAUAAUGGAGUUACAUAUUCUGAAAUCUGUCUGGUUAUUAGUUGUAAUAUAACUCUAACAGGUGCGGUAUUUCUAAUAUCUGAUCUAGUACUACAUACACAGAAAAAGGAUGGCAUUAUGCUUGGUUAACCCAUACAAUGAAAUAUGCUCCUUUCUCUUCUAUAUUGGCCUGUGCUCCCAAGAGAAAACCCGCAAUUACAUCUUUCUUAUGAUUUUAAAAUACAGCUUUUUUUUUUUUUUUUUUUUGAUCUUCUGGUAAAUUGCAUAUUUCCAUUGUAUGGAAAUAAUCUUUCUCUUGCUUCUAGGGAGAAGAUUGUCAGCAUGGACUUUAUGAGGAAAUAUAUACAUGUUGCCAAAAUAUUUAAGCCUGCAUUGACCUCAGAGGCUGCUGCUUACAUUGCGGAGGAAUAUUCACGAUUGAGAAAUCAAGACCAGAUAAGCAGUGAUGUGGCUAGAGUAAGUAUAGUGGAAUAUUGUUGUGCUCCAUUUGGAACUGUAUGUCUUUGUCAUAUAGCUCUUGGAUGCAUUUAGUAUUUCUUGUGUUUGACAUUAUUUAAAAUGAAUCUGUAGGUCUUUGGGUUUUAUAGAACUACAACCCAUGAUGCUUUGGACAUAGUAUUGCUGGCAAUACUACAACUGUGAGCUACUAUGAAGCGUUUUUUUUUUCUCCAAUAUACUAACUGACACAUUUGUUUUCACAGACCUCCCCAGUCACUGCACGUACUCUGGAGACGUUGAUCCGUCUGUCUACAGCCCAUGCAAAAGUUAGAAUGAGUAAAACUGUUGAGCUAAAAGAUGCCGAAGCCGCUGUCGAACUUGUACAAUAUGCUUACUUCAAGAAGGUGAGGAUACAUGGGUGGGGUAGGUCUGGUUUUGUAAAAAAAACAAAAAAAACUUUGCAUUGCACUUUAAAUUGAUUCUGCAGAGUUAAGCCAAUGCAACUCUUUACUUUGGUCUGUGCUUGUUUUAAUUUAAACUGAAAAUUUCUACCAUAGUGAUGUUCUUGGGCAGGAUGUUUGGAUAUUGUUUUUUACUGUUGGGCAAGUGUAGAAUUAUGUGUCAAAUAAGUUUUUUUCCUAUCUCCCAACUGAUCAGCAUUUGAUUUUCAGGUACUUGAGAAAGAGAAGAAACGGAAAAAGCAGGGUGGUGGCUCAGACACAGAAGGAGAGGAGGAGGUAUCAGCACAGACUGAUGCUGAAGCGAGGAAAAAACGGUGAGUCCUGUGAACAUAGCUUCUUCUUUGAAGUGCCACUUUCACUUAUCAUUUUUAGGCCAUUACAUUGUAGGCAAUGGUUUAUACCAUGUGAGGAGCAAGAUGAGGAGAGGUGAUCCCUUUUUUUGGGAAAGUUAAGGGAACACACUUUCACUGUCAUUUGAGACUUCUUAAAAUGGGUCUUAAGAGACCGGAGAGGCCUUGUAAAGCUUGUGCUUUUACACUCCAAUCAUAUAGUGUUCAGUGAAAGUAUGACUGCGCAAUGUAUUGUGCAGCUAUACCAGUUGUAAGUGAUAACGAAUUGUGUAAUUCUACACAGAGUACACUAUUUCAUAUAACUAUGUACUGUGUAUUAACUUGGUUCUUAGGACUUUCACAAGGGCACAGCAACCCUGUAAAUUUUGUACAUAGAACAUGGUUAUUUUGAUUACUUUUUAAAAUUUAUUUUAUUUAACCAAUCACCCAAUGCUUAUCCAAUGCCAAGAUGUUCAUAUGUGUAUUUGAACAUACAUUAUCAACAAUAGAGAUGUAUAGAUUUAGAGAGACAUAGAUAUUCCAGUUUUAAACUUUUUUUUUUUUUUAACAGGAGAACUUCCCGUGCCAAGGAUGGGGAACAGCCUGACCCGUAUGAGUUUAGUGAUUCGGAGGACACUACUGGUAGGCAUUUAUGAACAUGUUACUUUCAUGUGCUGACUUCAUAUGUUUACUCUACAAGCUAGCUAGUUUUCCAUAGCUCUGGUUCUCAAAAUGUGUCCCUUAUUAUAUUUGCUACAGUUUUUAAAGGACCUGGCAACUGUAGUUGCUUGUGUUAUAAUUAGAGACAAAGCUGACAUCUGAGCAAUAAAUGCUUUAGGAUAAAUAAUAUUUGAAUGUGUCUUAGGAACCUGUGGAAUGGUAGUACUAUUCUCUUCUCACAUUUGGAAAUCUUAAAAUGUAUUUUUGUUUAAUGUGAUACAGUUCAGGUCCAUACACCAAAGACCCCUGACGCAGGUCGUGAGAAAAUGGAAACCGAUGCAGAUUCCUCUAAACCAAGCUUAUCUGGAGACAGGCAAGUGCCAUUUGGAUUUCACCCAAUUAUGCUACAUUAUUUUAUUACAUUCUUUCUUUAUGACAGUAUGUUUGGAGCCAUUGAGACUUUGAGAUUUUAUAUCUCUAAUCUCCCAACAUGAGUAAGACAAAUAUAGGCAUCCUUAUGCAAACGAGGAGUGAAAUGAAUGGGAUAGGUAAAAGAAAACAAGGAAAUUGAUUAAGGGUGGUGGACGGAGAAUGUUGGUGCACAGGUGGAGUUGGUAGGUUCUGAAGCCAGGCAUUUUAAUUCAGUCAAAAAGUGUUGUUUUUCUGAUCAACUACACUAUGAUUAGUUUUUGUCUAUUUAUUUUUUUUUCCCUUUUUUUUUAUGUAACUCUUCUCCUCUUUCAGACUUAAAGCUUUCAAGGCUGCUCUUCUGGAUGCCUUUAAGGCUGCACAUGCACAAUCUAUAGCCAUGCCAGCACUGAUGGAUGCCAUAAACAAGAACAAUGAGUCCCCCUUCUCUCAAGGGGAGGUGAAAGCCGCUCUGGAACUUAUGGAAGAUGCCAACCAUAUUAUGGUUUCUGAAAACAUAGUUUUCUUAAUCUGAUCUUUUUAAUGCACCAUGUUUUACAGCCUCAAAGCAUGGUUUAAUGUGUAGAGGUCACAGCCAGAGAUUAGCAAUCUCUGAAAACAUUUUGGCUUAUUUUACAAGCUGCCUAGAUAGCCUUCGUAUUUCACACUUCACUAUCUUAAUCGAUUUCCUAAACCAGGGAAAAUGACCAUCUCUCAAAAAUGAUAGUUUGGGUUUCUACAUACACUUUUUGUAUGUUUCUGCAACUGGUUACUCUAAAACUUUUUUUUUUUUUUCUCCUUUUAAAAUGGCUCCAAUUUUUAUUGUAAAUAGUUUUACAAAGUCUUUUUUUAAUUGUGCCUAAAAUGCAGAUCUUCAAGUUAUAGUUGGUUCACCCUGUUCUAGUCCCUCUAGUGUAGAAAAUACCUUUUCUAUAUCUCAAAUUGAUGUCCAUGACUUUACAGAAUUUAAAUUUAUUUUAUCUCAAGAUUAGAGAUAUCUUGGCAUGGUUUAAAUGAGCAAUAUUUAAUUAUCUUUUUAAAUAUUGUAAACCAUUUUACAUUGUUACUACUUAUUUGCCUGCCAUAUAGUGAUGCUUAAAUAUACUGGACAGUUCUACUCAACUACAAAGUAUGCGUCAUUCUACCAGAAAAUCACAAACACACUUGCUUUUGGUCAUUUUUAUACUUGUGGAUGUGAUGCAUGUUUUAAAAUAUGCAAUAAAUAUCUUUCUGUAUAUUCGUGUUUAUUUUAAUAUAUAAAUAUACUGCAUAUUUGUCAAGUAGCACAAGACAAGAUUGCACCUGUCUUAGUGUAUUGUCACCGCUGAAUGUCAAAUAUUAUCUUGCAUUUUCUUAAAGGGAUAUAUCUACAAACAAAUUCUCCAGCAAUUACAUUUAUAAACCAACAAAGCUUUACCUGGCUACAGACUUAACAGUAGUGUGACAUUACAC